CAAUUCACCAAUUCAUUUAAUCGAUUCAUAUCAAUGAAUCCACCCAUUUGCUACCUCUGUUGGCUGAAUAUGUAUCAUUUUACAUAUUCGUAUAAUGUUUAGAUAUCACCUGGCUGCUGAAUCUAUGAAUGCAAUUUACCAAUUAUUUGAUCCAUAUCCACAAUUUCCCCAAAUCCAAUCCGGAAUUCUUUUAAUUAAUAUGAUUCUAAUCUGAUCCAUUUGUCACCUCUAUUCGCAGGAUAUGCACCAUCGAGCUCUUCAGCGCGAAGAUGAUCAAGUCGUUCGGUUCCAUACGGGAGGACGAGGUUUCGAAGCUGGUCGCCGCCGUAUCGACCUCGUCGGCGGCGGCGGGAGUUGACUUGACCACCAUGUUUUCUAAGUUGACUUACAGCGUCCUGUCGAGGGCCGCGUUUGGGGAGGUGCGAGAAGGCAGUGAGGCUUUCUUGCCGUUGAUCGAUGAUAUUAUUAGGGUGGCGUCGGGGUUCAACAUAGCGGAUUUCUAUCCUUCGUUUAAGUUCCUUCAUGUUCUCACCGGUGUGGAAUCGAAGUUGAACGUGCUCCAUGAGAAGGCGGAUAAGGUGCUGGAAUCCAUAAUAGCUGAUCACCGAGCUCGUAAGGGUGGUAAGAGAUCUGGGAAAGAAGAAGAAGAAGCAGGAGGAGAAGAGAGUGGGGAUCUUUUGGAUGUGCUUCUGAGGCAUCAUGAGGGUAAAGACAAUUUGGGAUUCUCGUUGACAACCGAAAAUAUCAAGGCCGUCCUCGUGGACCUAUUCUUUGCCGGCACCGAAACAACGGCUACAAGUCUAGACUGGAUCAUGUCGGAGCUAAUGAGAAACCCACGAGUGAUGCAAAAGGCACAAGCCGAAGUAAGGCGGGUGUACGAACCCCAAGCCAAGGUGGACGAAUCAAGGCUUGAAGAACUCACGUACCUAAAAAUGGUCAUCCGAGAAAACAUGAGACUCCACCCUCCGGUAGCCGUGCUGCUUCCGAGGACGGGGGCCCAAGACUGCGAGAUCAGCGGCUACCACAUACCGGCCGGUGCCAGCAUCAUGGUGAAUGCAUGGGCGAUCGGAAGGAACCCCGAGUACUGGACCGACGCCGAGACGUUCUGGCCGGAAAGGUUCCUCGAGAGCUCGGUCGAUUACAAGGGGGCUCAUUUUCAGUUGCUUCCGUUCGGUGCUGGAAGGAGGAUUUGUCCUGGAAUGUCGUUCGCUUCGGCUAAUCUUAAGCUGCCGCUGGCGCGGUUGCUUUAUAAUUUCGAUUGGAAGCUUCCGAACGGACAGAAACCUGAGUGCAUCGACAUGACCGAGAUGUUUGGUGCAACCGUCAGGAGGAAAAACAGUCUUUUCUUGGUUCCUGUCGCUGCCUCAUCACUCAAUGGAAAGUGAUGGAUUGCUAUCUUCUCUGAAAAUACAUAUCAGUAUUUGCAAUGUGUAGUAUAUUAUUCGGUUGUUUCCGUGUAGCAUAUUUUGUACUAGAUAAUUUCACUCAUUUUGUUGUCCCUUUCUUUGAAAAUAAAGUUGAUGUAUGGAUAGUAGGCAAUUUGGGUAUCUUUGAUGCAUGUAUGAAAGUACUAUUAUGUUAAUUAUUAUUAUUAUUAUUAUGUCUUAUAAAAUAAGAGCUGGAGAACAAAAUAAAAACAAAUGU